AUGAAUAUCGUGGUUGAUAGUCCACGAAAACGUCAAUUAUUAUUUAAUAUAACAAAUGUGAAAAAAGGCAAAUUAAUAAAGAAUGUUAAUGAAAUUGAUGAAGAUUUAUGGGCACUUGAUCGAGAAAACUGGCCACAAAAUGCACCGAAAAUUUGUUUGCAAGAUACGGAUAAUGAGGAUGAAAAUCUUGCAUGGUCAUCAGAAUGUCCCGAAUUGUUUCAAACAACAAAAUCAAAUAGUUUAAAAAUGGAAGAUAUAUCCUCUUCAAUAAAUGUUGCCGAUUGUCUUCGACAUAGUAGUGCCAAUACAAGUUUAAAUGAGUCAGCAUCGAUGGAUCUAAUCGGUUUUAUUAACAAGAGCAGUGAGAAUGAUAUUAUUUCAGUUAUUGAAAGUACCGGUUUCACACUUGAACCUGUUGGUUCAUGUGAUCAGUCAUCAGGUUAUCAUUCCUUUGAUACAUCAUCAUUUGGUCAACAUCAACGACGUCUUUCUUCUCAUCGACGUCCUCUAUUAAAUCCAUCAGCAAAAGAAUUUUCAUUAGACACCAUUUCUGAUGAUUAUUCUUCAAAUCAGCACCAUCAACAUGUACCGUUACUAUCAUCAUUACCACAUGUUCCACGUUAUCCAACAUCAUAUGAAUACAAAUUUGGCUCAUUAGGACGUGGUGAUAAUGAAUUUUUAGAACCAAAUGGUAUUUCAUUUUUAUCCGAUGGUAAAAUUGUUAUUGUCGAUACAAAUUCCAGUCAAGUGAAAAUCUUUGAUCCAUUACGUCGUGAAUGCGUAUUCAAAUUUGGCGUAUCUGGUACUCGAGCUGGUGCAAUAUUAUAUCCUUAUCGUAUUGCUGUUUUACCCGGUGAUCAAUUAGUGUUAGUUCAACGUUCGCCUCGACCAAUGAUACAAAUAUUUGACAAAAAUGGACAAUUUAUACGCCGAUUUGGUAAUGAUUUGGAAUCACCACGUGCUGUUUGCAUUGAUCAACAAGGUCGUAUUAUCGUAAUUGAAUCAAAAAUUAUGAAAAUACAUAUUUAUGAAUCAACAAGUGGUAAAUCAAGCUUCUCUGAUUCUUGUGAAAGUCGUGUAUGGGGUGCAUGUGAUUUAAAAGAACAUUUAAGUUUUCCUACAAGUGUUUGUGUUAAUGAUCGUAAUGAAUUGUACGUCAGUGAUAAUGAAUCUCAUUUUGUACGUGUAUUUGAUUAUAAUGGUGUUCAUUUAAAAGAUAUUGGUGGUAACGGUAACAUAUCGUAUCCAAUUGCGUGUCGUAUUAAUCAAUCACGCCGUGAACUGAUUGUUGUUGAUAAUCAUGAAAAUUUUAAUAUAUCACUAUAUGAUUAUGAUGGAAAUAAGAAAUAUUCCUAUUAUAGUUUAAUGAAACAUGCACAAUGUUUCGAUGUGGCCGUGGGCUAUAAUGAUGAAUUAGCAAUGGCAUCAAAAGAUUAUAAAAUAUAUGUUUAUAAAUUGGGCGAUUCUAAUAAUCAUUAUUACUAUUGA